CCAACCACCUGCAUGCCCACGCCCCACAGAUGUCCUCCAUCGCCCGCCCUCCAGACCCCUGCCUGGUAGCCAUCAUCCUCAUCGUGCGCUCGCGCGCCGGCCCGCGCUUCGUCUUCCACUACCCCCCCAACCCCCUCAGCGAGAAUGGCUUCCGGUCCGCGACUUCUUCCUCGAAAACCUUCUCCUCCUCGCGACGUGCUUCGCGCACAAAAUCCAAUCGGAAGGAUAACGAGUCCAGUUCCAGUGAGGACAGCGGGUCUACCUCUGAUGAGGAUGAGGAGGAUUUACCUAUCCUCCCGCCGCCGCCGGCGCAGUCACAGUCACAGCAGCAGGGUGGUGGUGGUGUGGUUCAGUCGUCCUAUGUAGGGGGCAUCGGGGGCAAUAAUGGGGGCAAUAGUCGCCGGCCGAGUAGUUUUGGGUUGAGUGAUGAUGGUGGAGGUGGUGGAGGGGGUUUGCGGACGGGCAUUGCUGGGUCGCCUGGCGCCGAGUCGCAGAGGGCUGGGUCGAUUGGGUCUGGGAGGGGGUUGUUGCGUGGGACUGGUGGUGGUGGGAGUAGUAUUAAGCAGCAACGGGGGGCUGGGUCUGAUGGUGAGGAGGAGGGUGUUGGCAAUGGCGCACGGCCUCCUUGGGAAACGCUGUUGGGACUCCCGGCUGAUGUCUGGGAGAAGUUGCUCAGUCCGUCGCGCUCGUGGCAUAAGCGGCGCUUCGAGGUCGGAAUCAAUGACCUUGCUUUUGUCGGGUGGCCUGUGUUUGUCCGCGAGGAUGGCAAGUGGAGGAAGGAGAGGCGCAAGAAGAGGAAGCCUCGUGCGACGUGGGAGGGAGGGGAGCUCGGCCAUAACGAAAACCCUGAUGAUGAUGACGGGGAGGCGGACACCGAAGAAGCUCGGGAGGAGGCAGUGGAUCUUAUGGUGGCUUCGACGGAGACGUUGAGUCCCAAGCAGAUGACCCCGUCCGAGUCUCAGCGCGCGUCUAUCACCAGCAUCAAGUCCGCGAGGCCGGCGAGUGAGUCGCUGGAUGGAGAUGAUAAGGACUCCAUGACUAUGUUCAACGUCGUGUUCGUGCUGGAUCCGCCCCUCUUGGAGUAUUCCAUGCGUCUCCGGGAGAUCUACGAUAACAUCAUCAAGAAGUUCUCCAAGGCGUUGAAGUGGGAGCAGGCGCGGACGGACUACGUUUGGAGAGAAGCUCGACAUAUCUCGCACAUUAAGGAGAAAGCUAAGGAAAAAGGAAUGUCCGUCAACAGCCUCUACUCCGAUCUUGUUCACCAGUCGUCCCUGGCCAGGGCCAUAUACACCGUCUACACGAGCAUAUCAGCAUCGAAGAUCGCAUCGGUCACGCUGAAUGCUGACGUUUCCAUCUCAUUGCAGAUUCCUCCUUUGACAUCGACACCAUUCUUAGCAGGACCUACUGAUAAGGCGUAUCCAGGCCUCUGGCUCACAACCGCAGACAGUGUCACGCCAGUUGAUGAUCCAACUGCGGACGAGAACACUACACCUCAUCAAGUGUUAGCAAAACACUUUGCUUUGUUGUUACUGGACAACGAAGCAACCAUUCUCAGAGAUGUCGAGGCUUCGGGAGGGGCUCUGGCCCCGGCGCUUGCUCACUAUAUCCGUUGUUCGAAACCUACCAAGUCCUUCGCCCAAAUAUCCGUCACCUCCGGCAUACCACUUUCUACCAUCCAAAUGCUAGCGAGCCAUCUAGUGUACUGGCGAAGAGCGCGUGCGAUCCCCCCACUUCAUCAGAGAGACACCUACGUCGUGUCUCCAAACUGUGACUUGAGCAAACUGGAAGUAGCGACGGCUGCCUACCAAGCAGCUUUCCCGACUCUUCCUAGUCUUCCGAAAAUGCUAUCGGCCAUGAGUGGCACUCCCAGACCUUACGGCAGCUUUAUACCAAGUAAAGACCACAAAGUCACAUACUUCGCCAUUCUGGCGUGGCUGCUGCGAGGUGGCUGGGUCACCCAGCUGCGCGCGUUCGCAAGGGUCAAAGUGUCGCCCGAGAUCAAGAUGGCUGUGGAGGCAGCGCUUCGACGCGAGGAGGUGGACAAGUACCUGAGCCAGAGCGUCGUCAAGUCCGACGUACAGGACAUUGACGAUGCCAGCUCAUCCUCGUCCUCGUCCCUCGAUAGCCAAGACAGCGGGGAAGAAACCCCCAUGCCUGGCCGCCACAAACCCGGAAAGAAGCUGGACCUAUCGCAUUCAUUACUCGACCGGGAAACGUCCCUGAAGACGUCGUCUCUGCUUCUGUUCCCGCACCGCGCCUCGCCGUUAGAGUCCCGAUGGUUAGAUGAGAUCAUGUCGCGGUUCCCUGAUCGCCGCGGACCGGGUGAGGGCCCCAAUUCCGACGGCCCGGACACUGACCUGGACCUUGUGGAGUUGCGCACAUCGUUGAAAAAUUACUGGCCGCGGUUUAUCAAAUAUUUCAACGGAUACGACGCACUGGAGAAAAUCCCCGUUCGCGAGAACUUGAAGCGCAAGCUAGUCUGGCAAUUGCUCACGCGUCUGGGGCUGGUGACAGGGCAGCAGUCGUCCAUUGAGCUGGACCCCAGAGAACAGGUCCUGGUCAGUGUGCGUCAUUGGUGA